UAUAUUGAAGAAAUAAGCAAAUCUCAAACUUAUUUCUCAAUGGCACCAACAUCCCAAUCAUUGAAUGAAGAGCAACGUCGAACCGCUAACUAUCAUCCCAGUAUUUGGGAUCCCACCACCAUCCAAUCCUUUACCACUCCAUACACUUACGAACUCUAUGCUACACAAUUGGAGGAUCUGAAACAAAAGGUUAGUAAAUUGCUUGCCUCAACGAAAGACAAAGCUGCCUUGUUGAAGCUAAUAGAUUCAAUGAAGAGGCUUGGAGUGGCCUACCAUUUUCAUGAACAGAUUCAACAGGCUUUGAAUCAAUUGAAUUCGGAUCUAAAUCUUGUGUCCAAUGAUCUUUCCACAGUUGCAUUGCAUUUUCGGAUCCUACGAGAGGAUUGCUAUCCUAUUACCGCAGAUGUGUUGGAGAAAUUUAAAGGUGGUGAUGGGAGGUUCAUGGGGAGCUUAUGUGGGGAUGUUGAAGGGCUUUUGAGAUUGAAUGAAGCUUCAUCCAUGGCAAUACAAGGCGAAAAAAUCCUUGAAGAAGCUAAGGCUUUUAGCAGUGAAAAUCUCAAGAAUAUAAUAGGGAAACUGGAGAAAGUUGAGGCUAAGCAAGUUCAACGGUCAUUGGAAGUUCCACUUUAUUGGAGGAUGGAAAGGAUUGAAGCACGAAACUUCAUUGAUUCCUACGCCACGGAUGAUUCAAACAGCUCAGUUUUGCUUGACCUGGCUAAGUUAGACUAUAAUCUUAUCCAGUCAGUUUACCAACAAGAACUGAAACAACUUGCAGAGUGGUGGAGGGAACUGAACUUCAAGGAGAAACUUAGUUUCAGCCGAGAUAGAUUGAUGGAAAUAUAUUUUUGGGCUACUGGUUUGAGCUUUGAGCCCCAAUAUGCCAAAUGCAGGAUUUGCUUCACUAAGUAUGCGUGCCUAGCAACUGUAGUUGACGACAUCUAUGAUAUAUAUGGAUCACUUGAAGAACUCGAAUGUUUCACCAAAGCAGUCACUGGGUGGGAUGUGAAGGUCGUCCAAGAACUUCCGGAGUACAUGAGAGUAAUGUUCUCAGCCAUUUCAGACUUUACUAAUGAAUUAGCCCAACAGACCUUGACAGACCAUGGCCUCGACGUUCUGCCCUACAUCAAAGAACAGUGGGCUAUACUUUGCAGAGCUCAUAUCAGAGAAGCCAGAUGGUUUUAUGGAGGUCAAACUCCCACUUUUGAUGAAUAUAUUAAAAACGCAUGGAUUUCAAUUGGAAGUCUCGGAGGGUUGGUUCUUCUUUGUUUUGUGGAGGCAGACUCCAUUGUUAAUCAAUUUCCAAAUUGUCUCAAGGAUUAAUAUUCUCAAUUAUUUUAUUGGUCAUCUCUCAUUACUCGACUUAGUGAUGAUCUAGGUACUUCCAAGGCUGAGAUGGAGAGAGGGGACAUACCAAAAGCAGUGCAGGCUUAUAUGAUUGAAAAAGGAGUAUCAGAAGAAACAGCACGAAAUCAUGUCAAAGAACUGAUAAGCAAUUCAUGGAAGAAGAUUAAUGAAGAAAUUUUGGAUAAUCGUUUCUCUCGAGCUAUUGUGAAUUUAUCUAAGAACAUGGCUCGAACUGCUCAAUGCAUAUACCAGCAUGGCGACGGAUUUGGGACAUCUACCGGUGUCACUAAAGAUUGUAUUAUUUCAUCAAUUCUUAGGCCUAUUCCAAUAUAGAUCACUAAUACUUGCUCUCAUUUUUAAUUUUUCAAUUUGAGUAUUUAACUUGGUAAAUGCAUGCAUUGAUUGAAUAAAGAGUUACACUAAGUUUGGUUCGUUGUAAUGGAAUAAAAUUAUAAUGUACUAGAGAUGUAAUGAAAUAGGGUUGUAAUCAGUUUGAAAUGGAAUAAAACUAUAAUAGUACUUUUAUGCUUGAUUGAAUAAAA